CGAGCUGAUCUGAGUCACACGUAAAGAGAGAGAGAGACAGAGAGAGAGAGGGAAGUCAGAAAGAAACUCUACUGAGACACAGCUGAGUGUCAAAGUGACAUACGCCACAAUCUCUUUGCGCAGACCAUAGACUGUAUAAUAGGUGCAGAAUAUUGGUGCCUUCAAGGGAUCUAAUAAAUAUCUGGCCGACAAGGGAAUAUAAUCACAGUUUUGUUGACAUGAUGGUGUUAUAUCUAAAAUGCAGGAAGUGGUUACCUCUGAGAUGAUGGAGGACAAGAACAGAGUUUGUCAUGUGAUGGAGGAGAGUGAGGUAGAUGUGCAGAUCAAACAAACCAAAGCUCAGCCACAGCAGGCCAGCAACAACAGACCCACCUGGUCAAAUGGUCAAUGUGUUGUGGCGAUGCCAAGCUGUUCGAUGCUAAACCCAAGCUUUGAUCUGUCUCUGUGUCGUGCCAAACUCGAGAAUGAUGGCUUUCAGAUUCCAGUCAGAGACAUGGAGGCUCCACUGAAGACAGCUUUGGACCUUCCCUCAGUCAGGAGAUACAUGGUUUUUAAUUCGGCUCUCUUCCAUUUUAUAAUGGCACCGGUGCUGUAUGUGGUGGUGUGGUGCGGCACGUUCUCCACCCUCCACCUUUUUAUCACUGUCACUGACUACUGGGUUCUCUGCCUCUCUGUCAGCCUGGUCUCCAUCUUCCUCACCACUGCCAUCAUUUUCAUUUUCAACUACACUAACAAGGAGAUCAACAUGAACUUAGAUGUUCGGUUAAUCCAGGUGAAUGAGAGGAUGGUGAAACACAAGCUGCUGGUGGCCGUGGCCGACUGGGUACAGUCCUGCACUGGAAAUAUGAAGCUGUACUUUGUGUAUUGGGACAUGUCCCACUGUCUGAGGACACUGACUGAAACUUUAGAGGAGGGCAGCUUUGUGGUGAAUGACACCCAGAAAAAGCUGAAGCGGAAAAUGUCGCAUCUCGUUCUUGUGACUGUGGACACGGCUGUUGUCCCUGAGGUCGAAGGUUCAGAUGUGGAGCAGCAGGACUCCAAUGAGCAGAGGCCUCUGCUGAGACACGAGGACACCGGCUGCGGUACCUCAUCCAGCCGACAGGAGGGCAUCAAAGUCACCACUAACUACAGCCUCAUCCCCGAUGCAUCGUUACCUGCUCAGGCUGCAGCCUACCAGCUUCUGAUGACCUACAGUGCAGCUUAUGUGAAGCUGCUGGUGUCCAAGAGGCUGUCAGGACCGUCAGACCACCGCCUACGUCCCCAGAGGAAUCACUGCACUAGCGCCCCUCUCUGCCUCUGCCAGUACAUCAAAAAGAAGAUCCUUCAGUAACAGAACCAGUGUCAAGACUUUUGCUUUGCACCCAUGCUCUUGAACAUACAAAGUGACAUGUGGGAGCACUUCCAUUGCAGAAAACAUGGAUUAUAUUGUUUAGAUCAAAUGAAGGAUCUUUUCAGAGCUUCACACUCUUAAUUUCUCUGUUUUUAAGUCUCCAGUUUGCAGCCUCCUGUACCUCCGCUGUUGUCUUUACGUCCCCCCCGUCCCACCCCCGUUUGGCACCAACAAUUUCUUCCCUGUGCAAAACGCUGUCUGAUCCAGCUACUGUAAACCAAUAUUUGCACUCGUGCACACAUGACAAUCACAGCCUUAGCCCUGCUGUUUUCAUUAUUUGCACAAAUAGAGAUAUAUAUUCUUGUGAUUUGAUUUGUAGUAGAUUCUACAGCAUUUGUUCUUGUGGUUGAACUGAAGGCACCGGUGGAAAGUAACCAGAAAGUACCCACAGAGUACAUAUUCUGAAGUUCUAUACUUUUCAAGGUACUUUACAUAAGGAUUUACAUUUUAUGCUAAUUUAUACUUCAAUUCCACUAGAUUUCAGUUGGUAAAAUUGUACUUUUUACUCCACUGCAUUUACCUGUGUUACAAGUUACUUUUCAGAUUAAGAUUUUACAUGAAAAACCAACAACAGCCAUUGUAUAAGUAGUGGUUUCCAUUAUUUUUCAGUGUCAAGUUUUUUUUUUUAUAUUGUUGUUUUGGUACUUUUACUUAAGUAAUACAUCUUUCACCACUGCUUGGAGGACAGACAAUUGAUGUGUAGACAAAGAAAAUACAAGCAUGAAGGGAAAGAAAGAUCCCCACCCUUUUAAAUCCCCUUGAUGCAGCUUUAUAUGGAUGCUUAACAUGAAUCGUUGGAUUUAGUUUCUUGGAUAUAUUACCUCAAAUGUCAGCAACAGAAGCGGAACCAGAGUGUCUUUGUUCUUGUGUUCUCAACCCUUUGGUUUUGUGGGUGUAGGCGGAUUAUAUAUCUAUGCAUAUUUGUGUGUAGGAUACUGGGUUUCUCAUCAGCGAUUACCCAUCAGUCCUGGUACUGUGACUGAGAUGACAGCCCAGCGAGAGAGCCGUAGGAUGGCACAAACACACAGCGAGACAGCCAGUGUUGCUGACCUGGGGCAAGCUGGGAUUGUGUGAUGGAAGAGAGAGGCGUGCAGCGUGAGGCCAAGUUAAACGAUCUUAGAGACGCUGGCUGUCCUCGGGAGGCUAAAUGGCCAUCUGUGAUCCUUCACACACAGGCUGGCUUAGCUCCCACCUUUAGUUUCUCCCUCAAACCUCUUUUCCAUUGGAUGGAUUGUUUGGCCCCAUACUUCACCUUUUUCACAGAUAUGAUUUAUAAUUUAUAAAAGAAAAAAGUCAUAGCAGGCAAAAAGGAUUUUAAAUCGUAUUCAUGAUGAAACAGCAGCAAAAAUAGGGGAAGACAGAAAAAUAAGAGAUGUUAAGACAUAAGACAUGGAACAGACAUGCUAAGCUAUUAUGGUCUGAUUGAAAAUGUUGUCCCCAUGGAUGUAUUAGGCAAGUUCUUAUAAUACACCUGCGUGUUGUAGCAAUCUUACACAACCACUUAAUACAAGGUACAACUGAGGCUGCAGUGAUCCCAUCACUUUUGCAGGUAUUUGGUCAUGAACC